GUAGCGCCUGAAGAGUAUCAUCCGCGCAUGCGCAGUUUGAGCAACCAGAGGCACACGAAAUGGCGUCUGCUGCAGAUUACAACAGUUACGGACAGGCUGCAAGCCAACAAGGGUACAGCUCCUAUGCGGCCCAGCCCUCUCAACCGGGUUAUGGACAGGGCACUCAGCAGUCGUAUGGUCAACAGCAAAGCUACGGUUCAUACAGCCAACCGACUGACUCAACCUACUCCCAGACCGGCAGCUCCUCAUCUAGCACUUAUAGCCAGCAGCCAUAUGGAUCAUCCUACGGACAGCAACCACCAGCCAGCGGUGGUUAUACUGCCACCCCGGCCACACCGCAGGGCUACACUCAGCCUGUGCAGGGAUAUGGAGGCAGCAGCUAUGAUUCCUCCACGACUGCGGCUUCAUCGACCAGCAGUAACCAGACCUCUUAUAGUGGGCAGGCCGGCUACAGUGCCCAGUCUGCAUACCCUGCAUAUGGACAACAGCCUGCUGCUUCUGCUGCACCCCCCAGCAGCUACAGUUCUGGCAGCCAGCAGCCCUCUGGAUAUGAGCAGAGCUCAUAUUCCCAGCAGCCUCAGCAGAACUCCUAUUCCCAGCCGCAGCAGGGAGGGUACCAGGGCCAGCAAGGAAGCUACGGACAGCAGAGCUCCUACAGCCAACAGGGAGGAUAUCAACAAACUUCAACCCAACAGCAACAGGCUCCGCCUUCCAGCUACCCCCCACCUUCUGGGUCCUACGGACAGCCCCCUGCUAGCCAAUACGGACAGCAGGCCAGUUCUGGAGGAGGCUAUGGCCAGGCAGACUAUAAACCACCCAGUCAGUAUGGUAAUUACAGACAGGACCAUCAGAAUGGCAUGGGUGGAAGUGGCUACUCGGGUCCUGAAUCUGGAGGAUAUGGGGGCCCUGGAGAGGGCCGAGGGGGGGAGAACCGCGGGCGUGGCCGGGGUGGGUUUGACCGGGGGAUGAUGCGAGGAGGUGGUGGCAUGCGAGGGGGCAUGAGCCGUGGAGGCAUGGGCAUCACUGGAGACAGAGGUGGCUUCAUUAAGCCUGGUGAUGGUGACAUGGGACGCCCAGAGGAGCAGGAUGACUCUGAAAACAGCACUAUCUAUAUCACUGGGCUCACUGAGAACGCUACAUUGGAAGAAGUUGCUGAAUUUUUCAAGCACAGUGGAAUCGUCAGGAUAAACAAACGCACAGGCCUGCCUGCUGUCAACAUCUAUACAGAUAAAGAUACUGGGAAACCUAAAGGUGAUGCCACCUUAUCCUACGAAGAGCCUCCAUCUGCAAAGGCAGCAGUCGAGUGGUUUGAUGGAAAAGAUUUCCAGGGCAAGAAGCUGAAGGUAUCCAUGGCCCGUCGCAAGCCUAUGAUGGGAAUGAUGCGUGGAGGCAUGCCAAUGAGGGGAGACCGAGGUGGCAUGAUGGGACGAGGAGGAAUGAUGGGUCGUGGUGGGAUGGGCAGAGGUGGGGAUCGCGGAGGAUUCAUGCCACGUGGGGGUCCCAGGGGAAUGGGCCGUGGAGGACCUACAGGAGGAAACAUGCAACAGAGGGCAGGAGACUGGCAGUGUCCAAAUGCUGGAUGUGGAAACCAAAAUUUUGCCUGGAGAAUGGAGUGUAACCAGUGUAAGGCACCCAAACCUGAAGGCUUUGGACCUCCUCCCUUCCCUCCUCCAGGUGGUGACCGUGGUCGUGGUGGACCUGGUGGGAUGCGUGGCGGCCGUGGGAUGGACCGUGGAGGCCCAGGGGGACCUGGUGGCUUCCGUGGAGGUAGAGGUAUGGAUCGUGGAGGUUUCAGAGGAGGACGUGGCAUGGACAGAGGUGGUUUUGGAGGAAGGGGUCGAGGCGGUCCUCCUAUGGAUGACAUGGGAAGAAGGGGGCGAGGAAUGGGACCGCCUGGUAAAAUGGAUAUGAAGGGAGACCAUCGUCAGGAACGGAGAGAAAGACCAUAUUGAGGGAUGUGUUCCUGGUCAACAUCUGCCCAGACCUGUUUGUUUUUCACGUGAUUUUAAAGUUGCAAUUCCAAAUGUAUAAAUGGUUAUGGAACUCGUUACUGCUUUGCUGUUAGUCCUCAGUGAAUGUUUUAUUUUUUUAACUUUUUGUGUUCGCUUUUCUGGUCCAAAACUGUAUUUGAAACCAGAUGCACAUGUAAAUGCAAAGUGUUCAGUGUACCAUUUGGAUUUGUCAGAAAUGUUUUUGUGGAACAAUGUGAGAUUUAUUUCUUUUCUUUUUUUAAAGAAAAAUUCCCAAUACCCCUUUAAUUGCUUUACUCUGCUUUCAUGUCUAAAAAAUGUUGAAUAUAAAAUUAAAACCAUUCUGUGGGUCUUUUUAAAUGCAUGGCUGUAAAUACUUAUGCCAUGUACCGGUUUUCUGCUUUUACUGUCAUUACUUCACCUUAACAGUGUGGCAUAUUCAGAGUGACUGAAUAAUGUAAAUAGCUGAUGCUAUUCAGCCCCUUAUGUCAUUUCAAACAGUGUUUAAAAGAGUUCACCUACAAAAAUAAAAUUCUGGAAAAAAAUCUU